AUGGCCUCCCACUCGGGCCGCCUCUCCUCGGACAAGCGCUUCCUCAUCUUCUUCGACUUCGACGAGACCAUCGUGGACGAGACCAGCGACGACGUGGUGGUGCAGGCCGCCCCCGGCCAGCACCUGCCCGGCUGGCUGAAGGACACCUACCAGCCGGGCCGCUACAACCAGUACAUGCAGCGCGUGCUGGCCCACCUGGCCGAGCAGGGCGUCACCGAGAGCGACAUCCGCGCCGUCAUGGAGAAGAUGCCGGCCUCCCCCGGCAUGCCCGCCCUCUUCCAGUUCCUGCGCGUGCGGCCGGCGCAGGACUUCGAGGUGGUGCUGGUGUCCGACGCCAACACCUUCUUCAUCGAGUCCUGGCUGCGGCGCGCCGGCGCCCGCCAGCUCUUCCACCGGAUCCUCACCAACCCGGCCACCUUCAACAGGGACGGCCGGUUGGUGAUGCGGCCGUUCCACUCCCACGACUGCCCCCGCUGCCCCGACAACAUGUGCAAGCAGGCGGUGGUCAGGGACUACGUGGCGCGCCGGACGCAGGAGCGCGGCCGGCCCUUCCAGCGGGUGCUCUACGUGGGGGACGGCGCCAACGACUUCUGCCCGGCGCUGGCCCUCGGCCCCCGGGACAUGGCCUUCCCGCGGAGGGACUUCCCCAUGCACCGGCUCAUCACCGAGACCCACGAGGCCACGCCGGGGGAGUUCAGAGCCGUCACCGUGCCCUGGGUCAGCGCCGAGGAGGUGGUGCAGCGGCUGCGGAAGCUGGUGGCCGAAUAG